AUGACGUCAGGUCAUCCCAGGGGCCACGUCUUGUCCACGGUGGGAGGAGUCCCAGAUCCUGCCAAGAAUCAAGGACUCAUCAUGCCUCACCGUCAGAUGAAUGAGCUCCGCAAGCUUGGGGAAGACCAUCAGGAGCCAAGACAGUACCCGGACCUGUUGGAGGCGGAAGUGUUCUGGGCUAUGGAAGAGGAUGUCCUAUCAGUUUCCUCCUCCUCAUCUUCUUCCCCCUCUAUUGUAUUCCCAGACAGUCCAGAGGAGGUGGCUGCUGCUGUGGUACCUAGUCUUCCUCAGAGCCCACCAGGCGCCUGUCCCUCCCCUGAGGCCACGGGGGCACUUCCAUUGAGCGAAAUCCAGGGAGCGGGCUCCAGCAGCCAAGUUGAGGAGCAGCAAAGCACCAUGGAGGACCUGGAUGAAUCCGAGUCCUCUCUCAGACGGGCAGUGCAUUUGAAGAUGCCCAAGUUGGUGAAGUUCCUGCUCCAGAAGUACCGUGCAAAGGAGCUGACCACAAAGGCGGAAAUGCUGAGCAGCGUCAUCAAAGAGUACGAGGACGACUUCACUGAGAUCCUCCGCCAAGCUUCGCUGUGCAUGCAGAGGGUCUUUGGCAUUGAUGUGAAGGAAGUGGACCCCAGCGACCAUUCCUAUGUCUUGGUCAACUCGCUGGGGCUCACCUAUGAUGGGAUGGGGAGCGAUGGGCGCCGUAUGCCCAAGAACGGCCUGCUGGUCAUGCUACUGUGUGUGAUCCUCAUGGGGGGCGACAGUGUCCCUGAGGAGAAAGUGUGGGAAGCACUGAAUAUUAUGGGGGUGCAUGAUGGCACGGAGCAUUAUAUCUAUGGGGAGCCCAGGGAGCUGAUCACCAAGGUGUGGGUGCAGGAACAAUAUGUGGAGUAUCGGCAGGUGGCCAACAGUGAUCCUGCUCGUUAUGAGUUCCUGUGGGGUCCCAGGGCCCACGCUGAAACCACCAAGUUAAAAGUCCUUCAGUUUUUGUUCAGGGUCAGUAGCAUGGAUACCAGGCCCAUCCCAUUCCAGUCUGAAGAGGCUGAGAGUGAUGAGGAAGAGAGGGCCUGA